AUAGGCACACACCAACAGUCUGUUUCUCAUCGUGGACCGAAUAGUUGUAGUAGUAGUAGUAGUAGUAUUCAGCCGAAAGAGAGUUCGUAAAGGCGCAGAGAAAUCGUAUUAGAGAGAGAGAGAGAGAGAGAGACUAGAGGUGCAUUGCAGCUGCAGGAGAAAGAGAGCGUCAAAGAAAUGCCGCUGUUGUUAAUGAGCUGUCAUAAUCAUCGGGCUACUGCUGCUCGUAGUCUUCACAGCGGCCAGAGCUGAGAGUGCUGGAUUUUGAAACUUAACUGCUCUCUCUACGAAUAGAAUCUUGUUGGAACUGCAAUGCUGUGUCAACCACAAAGCGCUUCGACUUUUCAUUUCCACGGUGUUAAUCAAAGGCAACAGCAACAACAACGAAUUGCUAAGAAAAGCAACGGUAGCAGUAGCAGCGGGCAGAUGUUCGCCAGGAUAUCAUCGAUAAAGAAUUGCUAAUCGAAGGUCACUCCAGACGACGAUACCCAUCGCAGCAGCAAUUAUGGCAGAUCACAACAAUAUCAUACGCAAGCCCGCCACCACCACGUCCCUGAGCCAGAUCGCUAAGCAGCACGGGGGGGCGACCACGACGACCAGCGUGACGAUGGGUCAUCAUCAUCACGGAGGAGGACCUGCGGGACAGGUCCCCGUGAGAAAGAUCUCGGCGCCGGUGCAUCGUACCACCUCGGAGACCAUGAGGCUCGGCGAGCCCGUUGAAAAUUCUGGCAGAAAUCAGCAGCAGCAGCAGCAGCAACGCCUUCAUCAUACUGCACAGUAUCAGCAUCAUCAGCAGCAGCAUCAACAGCAUCCUCAGCAGCAUCAACAACAUCAACAUCAACAACAUCAACAGCAGCAGCAGCAGCAGCAGCAGCACCAUCCGCAGCACCACCAUCAUCCGCAUCAUCACCGCAGCAGCCUCGUGGAGACCAUGCUACCGUCGCAUCAGCAUCCGCACCAUCACCAGCAGAGCCUACUCGCCGGCACGUUAAUAACGGCGACGACGACGACCUCGACGGGCACGACCACGGCGACCACGGUACAGAGCGGCAGUGGCAGCAGUAACAACAAUGUCCUCGUCAACAACAGCAGCGGUAGCAGCCAAAGCCAAAGUCAACAGCAACAGCAGCAGCAACAGAACCUCGCCGCCUCGAGCGGUAGCAGCACCGGCAGCCCGCAGCAGCGCACCAAGAAGACGUCCUCGUUUCAGAUAACCAGCGUGACGGUGGGCUGCCGCAUGAGCAACGACGCCGGCGAGGACUCGAACGACGACCUCGACGAGUCGCACACGGACGACAACACGAGCUGCGAGCAGAACUCCACGCGGCUGGGCGGCAACGGAGGCGACACGACGACGGACACGGAGCGCACCACCCCGACGACGAGCUACUCCGAGGACACGUUCUCCAAGGACGACGUGUUCUUCAACACGAGCAACUCGGCGCUGAGCACGGCGCCCGUCAUACCGACCAGCUCGCAGUACGGCCUGGCCAUAGUGCCCUCGUCCGAGGCGAGCGGCUGCCUGCACCCGGGCAACUCCACGACGAUCAACGCCAACGACAUCAACGCCCUGGAGAUGGUCACCGCCGUGACGGACAACAACAUCAUCAAUCUGCUGUCGGCCAGUACCAAGCAAGACGCCGACCUGCGCGAAGUACACUCGCACGGGAGGAACGAGCGAUUCAAGGUCGUCAAAAUCGAGAGCACGGAUCCGUACAAGCGCGGCCGAUGGACCUGCAUGGAUUACCUGGACCAGGCCUCGGUCAAUCCGGGCGGCGGCGGCGGCGUGACCGUGACGAAAAAUUCCACGGAUCCAAACGAGGUAUGCAUCUCGUACGGUGUCCUGGAGUCGGGAAAGAUCAUUCCCGACAAGCAGCAGCAGCAAAUGAGUAUGGACGAAAACAGCGUCGGCGCCGGUGGUGUGACGGUGGACGCGAACGGUACCAUGCAUCAAACGAUGCAACAGAUGCAGCAGCAGCAACAGGUGCCGCAGCAGCAAUAUUACCAGUCGUCUAAUGCGCAACAGCAGCAACAACCUCAGCAGCAGCAACACCAACCGAGUCAGGGUGCGACGUUACCAAAUAAUUUGCAAUUAACGCACACGGCUCCGAGCUUAGUACAGCCGCAGCCACCGCAGAGUAUGCCCCCAGGAAGCAUUCCUAUUCUGAAUCAGCAGGGAGUGUCUGUUGCGCAAGCCAGUAAUAACGUUUCAGCUCAACAACAACAAGCACCUCAACAGCAGCAACAGCAGCAGCAGCAGCAGCAACAACAACCGCAACAGCAACAACAGCAGACCUUACCGCCUCAUCCCAAUGACGAAACGUCGUUCGUCCACGUGAACUCGCAAGGUCAAAAUAUGAUGCAGGCACCAAAUGUUGCCGCCAGCUCUCCGUCUCAAAGUUCCCAGACCAAUAUGUUGUUGACGCAGCAGCAACAGCAGCAGCCGUCGACGUCGCCGGCGCAACAGAUGCAAGACCCCAUGCAGACUGCGAUGCAGAAUAUGGCGUGUUUACAUAAAGUUCCUCAAUCGGGUUCGUCUCCCAACCAACAGCAGCAGCAGCAGCAACCCCAGCCCCAGCAAAUGCAACAGCACUCGCAAGUGAUGGGACAAAUUGCUCAACCACAGCAACAGCAGCAGCACGUGCAUGACAUGAGCUCGGCGCCUAGCUCAGCGGGAGCUUCUCAAGUGCAAAUGGUCGGUGGCUUACAGCAAAGUAAUAUGCAGUAUCAUCAACCACCGCCACCACAGCAGCAGCAACAACAGCAACAACAGCAGCAACAGCAACAGCAGCAACAUCAACAGCAAACCGAUGCCGAGCAGGACUCUUUGGCAACGGGUAUAAUAAUUCCCAAUUCGGCUGUAGAAGCUGCACUGCUGGAGUCGCUGGCUGAAGUUAAUAAAAUUAACGACGGGGGCGAGCCAGCCAAGGAGGACAAUGAAAGCUUAUCUGGUACGGGAGCAGUUGCGAUUGACAAUAAAAUAGAACAAGCCAUGGAUCUUGUGAAAAGUCAUUUAAUGUUCGCUGUGCGAGAGGAAGUUGAAGUGCUCAAAGAAAAAAUUGCCGAACUGAUGGAUAGGAUAAAUCAAUUGGAAGCCGAAAAUAUGUUGUUGAAAGCUCAUGCGUCGCCUGAUGUCUUGUCUCAAUUGAGCCAAGUGCUUGCGAAACAGCAACAGGCACAACAAGCGCAACAACAGCAACAACAGCAGCCACAGCAGGCUCCGCAGCAACAACAACCGUCCCAACCACAGCAGCAGCAAUCACCGCAACAACAGCAGCAACAGCAGCAGCAGCAACAACAACAACAACAACAACAACAGCAACAGCAACAGUUGCAACAACAGCAACCGCCUCAGACACAGCAACAGUUAAAUAUGAACAAUACUCAAGGCAGUGGUCAGUAG